AAAGUGCAAGAACUAAUAAACACAUUCCCUCGUACUAACUCUGAAGAGCAUGACAUUCUAGCUCAGGCUGAAACGAUCCGCGCACAGUACAAGAAAGCCUGUGCUUUGUUGAAGAUAUCAUCUGCUAACCCUUAUGAUUCUACUGUCUCUUUUUAAAUAUUUUGUUGGUAAUACUGCAAUGAAUUCCAAAAUACACAAGUUGCACAACCAAAUAGAUAAGGCAAUUGCAUACCUCACUCCAUUUCUACCUCUUGCUAACUGUCACAUGGUGGAGUUCUUCACGGACAGCCACUGGGAUAAUUUGUUGCCCAGAAAAUUGAGAGACUAUCUUGAUGACUGUGACUUUAACAAUGCUGUUGAAAUGUUUUGGAGUAGUGCUGAAGGAAACUAUAUGGACCACAAUGAGUUAUCAAAAUGGGUGCAGGAAACCCGCAGUUACUGUUUAUCUGUGGACAAUGAGUACUGUCUCUCAGCAGAUGAACUACAAGAACGAAUCAAGUCUUGGGGUGCAGACAUGGUGCCUGAAGUGCAGAUCUCUGAAUUCAUGAAUAGCAAGAAAAGUUAUGAGGUGCAAGUGAUGUCUCGUGCGGUGGCGUCACUGUGCGCGGCGAGCGGUGCGACGCACUGUGUAGAGGCGGGUGGGGGGCGCGGGCCGCUACUACUGGCGCUGAGCCUCGCCUACCGCCUGCCCAGCCUCACCAUCGACUGCGACCCGCGCACCCUCGCCAGCGCUCACAAGAGGGUCACACUUGUACAGAAACAGUGGCACGCAAUAGCGAAGAGGAUAAAGAACGGUACGGCGGAGCGUAUAGCGGAGGCUAUCGAUACGGAUCUUCAUCGCUUUGCACAAAGUUACAUCACUAACGACACAGACCUGCUGCAGAUCGUGCGGGAGAAGUUUCCAGAACACUCGAAUGACGACAUGAAAUUGCUUUUAACGGGCCUCCACACAUGUGGCAACCUAGGCCCUACCUCCCUACGACUGUUCGCCUGCAGUGGCCACAUCUCCGCGCUACUCAACGUGCCGUGCUGCUACCACCUGCUCACUGAGGAUGUCGACGAGAUGGCCUUCGACGUGUUCCAGAGGGACUACGGGGAUGGGAAGUGGGGGAUGGGAUUCCCUAUGUCGGAACGGUUGAGAGGUUACAACUUGGGGAGGAAUGCCCGCAUGCUGGCAGCGCAGUCCAUAGACAGAGUGGUGCGCCACAGACAACUGCCUGACAGAAGUCUGCUCUACCGCGCUGUACUACAGGUAAUCAUCAAAAAGCAUUUACCAAACUUACCUGUAACGGAAGGUAGACUCAAAGGUAUCUCGUCUAAAUGUCAAAAUUUCAACGACUAUUUCAAAAUGGCCGACGCCAUACUAAAACUCGGACUAUAUGAAAGUCUACCCGAAAAUUACCUUACAGAUAUACAUAAAAACAUGGAUGUGCAAUGGAAAAGAAUAGUUUUAUUUUAUUUCGUUAGAUUAUGUUUGGCGCAAGUCAUUGAAAGUGUUAUUUUGUUAGAUAGACUAUUGUAUUUGUGUCAAAAUGGUUUUGAAAAAUGCUAUCUUGUUAAAUUGUUUGAUCCGGUUAUAUCGCCUCGUUGUCACAGUGUUGUUGCUGUUAGGUGACAUUACCUUAAAGGUUCUCAUUAUACUGUUAACACUUUCGCUGCGGUACUGAUUUUUCUGUACUUUUCUCUGGUGCGGUACGAGUUUCUUUGAACUCAUGCUAAAACUUUAUUUGUGCGAUACGAGGUCAAUCGACCUCGUGAUUCUUGAACACGCCAGACUUACGAGGUCAAUUGACCUCGUACCGCAGCGAACUUGUUAACGUAUUUUUAUUGAUUGUAAAUUUUAAUUAUUAAUGUACUGAAUUUAAUUAGUUCUGUAGUAUACAGAUACUUGGUUUAAGAUUGAUUGUAAUAUAUUCAAUAAAUUAAUCAUAAAACAUCA